AUGGUGAGCACUGCGUCUCGUUUUGCCGUUUGCUGAGGCAUACUUUUCGAUCCUCGUUCCGAAACGAUUGGGCUGAGUUACUGAGAUUGGCUUAUGCAUCCAGUAAAAGUUACACACAUCAAAAGUGUACAUCUAAAAUGGCGGAACUCUUCGCCAAGUAUACUUGUACGAAUUGCCAGGAAGAUAUUCCUGGAAUAAGGGUGCACUGCGUCGUUUGCUCGGAUUUUGAGCUCUGCCUCGCAUGCUUUGGUGCAGGAGCUGAAAUCGGACAGCAUCGCAAUGAUCAUUCUUAUCAGUUUAUGGACUCGGGAAUUCUUUCUAUAUACCGGGGAAAAAAUGGCUGGUCGGCCCGAGAGGAACUUCAUCUAUUGGAUGCAAUUGAACAAUAUGGAUUCGGUAACUGGGAGGACAUAAGCAAACACAUCGAAACGCGUACGCCUGAAGAGGCUAAAGAUGAAUAUGUAACUAAGUUCCUUAAUGGAACUGUAGGACGCCAUACCUGGUCAUUGGCACCUGACCACCGUCCUCAGUUGAUAGAUCACACUUCUGAUGAUACGGGCCCUCUUAGUCAGUUACUUACACAAAAGCUUCCUCCUAUGGACUGUACUAAUGAAGAAGCAGCAGCUUUAGGAUAUAUGCCAAAUCGUGAUGAUUUUGAGCGAGAGUAUGAUCCAACAGCAGAGCAACUCGUGUCCACCCUUACGCUACAACCUGACGAUGAUGAUGUCGAUAUGUUACUAAAAUUGGCUCAAGUUGACAUCUACACCAGAAGACUCCGGGAAAGGGCCAGACGGAAACGAGUUGUCCGUGACUAUCAAUUGGUGGUGAAUUUUUUCCGGGGUAACGCCAAACGAGCCCGUAUGAAUCGUGAUCAACGCGAGUUCCGAGAACGGUUGCGGACUUUCUCUCAAUUCUAUACGUCACAAGAAUUCGAAAGACUGAUUGCCGCUCUUGAGCGAGAACGUAGUCUUCGGAUAAGAUUGUCUGAGUUGAAUAGAUACCGCUGGAACGGACUUCAACGGAAAGACGAAUGCGUUCACUUUGAACAGCAUGCAGCGGCCGCACAGCAUAGAAACACUGGACCUUACGGUCAUGGACGUACGGACAACCGAAACAAAGGCGUCUCAUGCGAAACAACCAAGGGAUCCAUGGCGUUGCCCAGCUCACAAAUAAGAAAAAGCGAAAACGACGGCCGAAAUUUAAAUUCCAUCGGACAAAAGCUCAUGCACCACACCGAAGACCGGGCCUCCUUCGACGGAUCAUUCAGCAGCAGAAAUUACUCGGAUAGCUUACGGGGAACGGAUUCCUCGAAGCAUCAAACUUUUGCCGGUAAUCAGACAUUUCCGGACCCGGCUCAGCAGCCUGGAGCGCAGCUGCUCACGUCAAACGAACUGCAGCUAUGCAAUUCGCUCAACUUGCCAAUCACUCGAUACAUUAGUCUCAAAACUGUAUUGCUUGGGCGGCCUUCUCUGGACCACGGCAUGAGUUCACUGGCAGAGGGAAUGGUGAGAAAGUAUCUCAUUAAAUCGGGCUGGCUGCAAACAAGUCCGCAAAAUUAAAUUAAUUCGAUCUAAAAGGUUUUCCAGAGAUCUCAAUUUGGUAAGCGAUUAGCUAACGCAACAAAAUAGUGGUAAUAACAUAAAUACUGCCAUCUUUCAUACAUAUUCGAUAUGACACUGUAGACGAUCAAAAUAUUGUUAUCUAAUUUAAAAUUUAGUGGGAAUCGUAGAAACCAUUAGGAGACAAAAUAGCUUAACGAAUAUGUACACAUGCGAUGGAUUGUUCCUUCGAAUAACAAUUAUUAGUGAAAAUUAUAAUUUCUACUAGGAACUGCAGAAAUUUUUAUCUUGUGACAUUGUCGAUCGUGUUGAAAAUAGCCAGCAUAAUAAAUUCUUGUCAUGAAAA